AUGCACGACAAUCGCACGCACCCCCUCCUCCAACAACUCCCCUUAACCGUCUCCCCCUUCGUCAACCUCCCGACGGCUACCACCCUCCCCUACCGCUACAAACCCAUGCCCUCGACCCUCCCCCCCUCCACAACAGGCAUCGCCGCAUCAUCAUCAACAACCACCACCGGCACCGCCACCAACCCCUCAGACACCGACCCAUCCACCCCCAACACCACCGCCACCAACAACAACACCAACCCCCCCAAACCGCGGUACGUGGUCUCGCCCUCGGGCUUCGCCGCGCACCCGGACGAGAUCCUGGCGUCGUGCCGCGCCCUGCACGCCCACGUCACCGAGCUGCUCGCCUCGGCCGAGGCCGACCUCGCGCGCUUCGACGAGCGCGUCCGUGCGCGCGAGCUCGCCGAGAAGAGGCGCGUGGCCCCGGGCUGGCUGGAUAGUGAGGCAAGGCUGUUGGAGCCGGAGCGCGCGGCGGGGAAUACCGCUGGGGCUGGGACUGGAAGGGGGGGGGCUGUGGGGGCUGGGAUGGUGAUGAUGAGUGAGGCGGGGGAUGGGCAGUUGGGUGGUGGUGGUGGGGGUGGUGUUGGGUAUUGGUGGUGGGCAGGGGGAGAUGUUGCUGCAGCAGCCGGUGAGGGGGUAUGGGGAGGGAUAUGGGAAUGGAUAUGGUGA